GCGCCGAGCGCCGCUCGGGCCGGCCGCCGUACGUUUGAGGAGGCCGCAUGAGCGCCCCGGCGUGCUAGCGCAGCGGGCGCGGGUGUGGUAUGCCCGCGCGUCGCCGCCAUGGCCCCAAUGCUGGCGGCCUUGGCGCUGCUCGCCCUGAUAUCCGUAUCGGAGCAAGGACCGCACGAGAAACGUCUACUGAACAGUCUUCUCAACUCCUACAAUACAUUGGAGCGGCCGGUAGCCAACGAGAGUGAACCGUUAGAGGUCAAGUUUGGACUCACGCUGCAACAGAUCAUUGACGUGGACGAGAAGAAUCAACUACUUAUAACCAAUAUAUGGCUGUCAUUGGAAUGGAAUGACUACAACCUAAGGUGGAAUGACAGCGAUUAUGGAGGCGUUAAAGAUCUUCGCAUCACACCGAACAAGCUUUGGAAACCAGACGUUCUUAUGUACAAUAGUGCUGACGAGGGUUUUGAUGGGACGUACCAGACCAACGUGGUGGUCAGAAACAACGGCAGUUGCCUGUACGUACCCCCGGGCAUUUUCAAGAGCACAUGCAAGAUAGACAUCACCUGGUUUCCCUUCGAUGACCAACAUUGCGACAUGAAGUUCGGUAGCUGGACUUACGACGGCAAUCAGCUGGAUCUGGUGUUAAAGGAUGAAGCAGGAGGUGACUUAUCCGAUUUUAUAACGAAUGGAGAAUGGUAUUUAAUAGGUAUGCCAGGGAAGAAAAAUACAAUAACAUACGCUUGCUGUCCAGAACCGUAUGUGGACGUGACGUUUACAAUUAUGAUAAGAAGAAGAACGCUCUACUAUUUCUUCAAUUUGAUAGUCCCCUGUGUAUUGAUAUCCUCUAUGGCCCUUCUCGGGUUCACACUGCCACCUGAUUCCGGAGAAAAACUUACACUUGGAGUCACUAUUCUUCUAUCGCUGACGGUGUUCCUCAACCUGGUUGCUGAGACCCUGCCGCAGGUCUCCGACGCAAUUCCCCUGUUAGGUGUUACAAUUCUCCUGUCGCAAACUGUUUUCUCUCUAUUGGUGGGGCACGUCAUCACUAAAACCUCUGAGGCGAUCCCCCUAAUAGGGACUUACUUCAAUUGCAUCAUGUUUAUGGUGGCUUCGUCUGUGGUGCUAACUGUCGUCGUUUUAAAUUAUCACCAUCGAACAGCAGACAUACAUGAAAUGCCUCAAUGGAUAAAAACAGUGUUCCUACAAUGGCUGCCAUGGAUCUUGCGCAUGUCGAGACCAGGGAAGAAAAUAACUAGGAAAACAAUAAUGAUGUCGAAUAGAAUGAGAGAGUUAGAGUUAAAAGAGCGUUCGUCCAAAUCUCUACUAGCCAACGUGCUGGAUAUAGAUGAUGACUUUAGACAUGUACCACCGCCACCAAACAGUACCGCGUCUACAGGGAACUUAGGACCGGGAUGUUCAAUAUUUAGAACGGAUUUUCGUCGUUCGUUCGUCCGACCGUCGACCAUGGAAGACGUCGGUGGUGGUCUCGGGAGCCACCAUCGAGAACUACACUUAAUCUUAAGGGAGUUGCAAUUCAUCACGGCAAGGAUGAAGAAAGCAGACGAAGAAGCAGAACUUAUAAGCGAUUGGAAAUUCGCAGCGAUGGUAGUGGACAGGUUCUGUUUGUUCGUGUUCACGCUCUUUACGAUCAUCGCGACGGUGGCUGUGCUGCUGUCGGCGCCGCAUAUCAUCGUACAGUGAACAGCGAACCUAGUCCCUUAAAGCAACUACGAGAGAACUAAUUUAGUUAUAAAAUGUAAUUAUAAUUAUGUAUAGUAAUAUAAUUAAUUACAUUGAUACGUGGUUCAAACGCACACGUCUCUUAAACUAAGUCGAAAGACGGUAAACGUGAAAACUUUAAAACAUUACAUUUAGCUUAGUUAAGUCCAACAUUAAUAUU